GAACGUGUAUGAGCCACACGCAACUGUCAAGCAGCUGCUCAUAUACUACACGAGUGCAGCGUCGUCUACGUCUAGUCAACAAUUGUUUUGUAAAACAAUGUUUGUGAAAUUAAAUUCGUAAAAUAAGAAAUCUAAUGCGGCGCAUUUAUACCGCGGCCUACGCACACAUUAUGUCAAAAAAUAAGGGGAAAGGAAAAUCAGCGACUGCUGCCAAUGUCACAGUGGCACCGGCAGCAACAAACACACCGGUCACACUGGACAAGAGUGGCAACAUUGCCAUUAAAAUAUUGGCCAAACCGGGCGCCAAGCAAAACGGGAUAACCGACAUAGGUUUGGAAGGCGUUGGUGUCCAGAUUGCAGCGCCACCCAGUGAAGGAGAAGCCAAUGCUGAGCUGGUGAAAUUCCUAUCAAAAGUCUUAGGGCUUCGCAAAAGUGACGUCUCCCUUGACAAAGGUUCCCGGUCGCGUAACAAAGUGAUACUCAUCAGCAAAGGCGUCUCAACGGUGGAGACGAUAGAACAGUUGUUGCAAAAGGAAUGCGAUUCAUAGACAAACCAUAUUUCUCUGCUUACCCAUUAAUAUUGGCAACACAGUAAAUAAAAUACAUAAUUUUGAUUCAAACAUAAUUUGCUUGUUUAAUUUGUAGUUUUUUUUUAUCAUCGAUCAUCCAACCUUAUUACAUAUUCCAUUUUUUUAUAUCUAAUGUGUAUGUAGUCUUUGUAUUUUUGUUUUUCAUUACAUAAAUUACUUGGAUGCUAAAUUAGAAAUUUCUUAUAAACGACAACUGCUCUCUUAGUGAAUGAUUAUUGGAUCCUAACAUUACAUAUGUUGCUUGUAUUUGUUUAUGUAAAUGUUUGUUUUUAUGUAAAUGA